AUGCCUGCUCAGGACCCCACCUGUCACCAGGAGGGGAACAUGGAGGAGGAAACAGUAGCUGCAGAGCUGCCAACAGCCUGGUCAGAGGACCCAGUGACCUUCCAGGAAGUGUCGGUGGACUUCUCCCAGGAGGAAUGGGCCCAGCUGGCCCCCGCUCAAAAAAUCCUGUACCAAGACGUGAUGCUGGAGAACUACAGGAACCUGACUUCUGUGGGGUAUCAUCUCCGCAAGCCCCGCCUGCUCACCCAGGGGGAGCUGAGAACCCGGAAGAGGAGACUUCUCCAAGACACCUGUGCAGACCAGAAGUCUCAGCUUAAAACCAAGGAGACCACAGCUGGGAGGAAUAAAGUUUGGGAAAAACCAUUUACUGGCAGGAAAGGGGCACCAGCUCAACCUGGAAAGAAGUCCUAUGAACACAGUCUGUGUGGAAAAGCCAUCAGAAGGAAUCCUGACCUGACUACUAAGAGGAAUUACACAGGCGCGAAACACGAUGAAUGUAAAGAAUGUGGGGAAGCAUUUAGUUAUCCUUCCUUCCUUGGGGUUCACGUGUGA